AUGCUGGCUGAAUCACGCACGUUUGCUCUUUACAGGCACUGCAUCGAUGCUGUCUUGCAAAUGGAUGGUCGGCAACCAUCUUUGUCCUCUUUUGCUUCUGGUGGCGAUAUCAGUAGCUGCAGCUUAAGGAUUCCUGACAAGUUCAACUUUGACCUCUCCGAUCUCAUCGAUGAUUUGAUUGCGUUCGCCUAUACGGAUUCCGCCUCAAAUGCACCUGAUGCAGGAAGUGGUGUAGUUCUCUCAAACCUCGCUCAACGCAUCACUUCCCUUCGAGCGUCAGUUCAGGAGGCCAAGGAGCUCUGCCGACCCUCUCCACGGGGGCAGCGAACUGCGUCUGCCACACCUGCCUCUGCAACAGUUACUGCGGCCCCAACACCUCGAGCGAAAGCAACCCCUGCCACUCCUAGUGCCACAGACACCAACCAAUCACUCAGCCUCUUUCAUUCUGCUUGUGAUCUUGAUCCUGUAGCCCAGCAACAUCUGCUCUCUGCGGUGGCUACUGCCUGCGGGAUUAGCCUUGAUGCGGAAAAUCUGCCUCCAUUAUGGGCCGCGUUGAAAGUGAGAUGCUGUAACUCGGUGGAGUUCAGGGGUUACUUCUGUGGAGCCUCUGAUGGAAGCGGUGGAGGUUGCGACAAUUCCGAUCUUGCUCUCUGUUCUAUUCCAGAAGGGAAAAUCAUCUUUGUUUGUGGUUGGUCGAUCGAAAAAGUCGACGUCUUAGCUGACUAUCCACCCCUUCCAACGGAGGUGAAAUCCAAACUGGAAGAGAUUUACGCAUCAGUAGUGAAGGCGGAAGUGGAGGUGAGCAGAGCGAACAGUCUGGACCUGCGUCGGAAGUUGGUGCUACGCCAUUUCGGUCCUUUUGCGGCGAAGGCGGAAGAAGAUGGGAAAGUUGUUCUCUACGACGGUGUUGUGACUGUUCUCCCACCCUAUCUACCCAGUUCCUGUCAGGGCACCAAUGCGGCGGUGCUGCAAAAGGCGAUGAGGCCUGGGGCCUCGGAGUGGUCGUUGUUCGUAGUGGGGGGCUUUUCGGUAUCGGCGAGGUGCCCGCCGAUUUCAACUCUCUUUGUGGUGGCGUCCAGGUGUUUUAGUUUACACGUCCAGGUAAUGGGGAAUUGGUUCUGCGGCCACUAUGCGAGGGAUUCCCAGGUUGAGUGUAUUACUGCGGAAGUUAUCAAAUCACGAGCAGAGCACAGAUCAACACUGGUGUUCCUUCAUGGACUGGGAGAUACGGGCUCAAAUCUCAAGGCGAAUUUGGAGUCAACAGUUGAAGAGGAUAGUUCCGCCGCAUUGCAACCUAUCGAGGUGUCUAUAAACCAGAACACCGUCAUGCCUGCUUGGUUUGACAUCUACGGUCUUACAGUCGACGCACCCCAAGACAAGGCAGGUAUCAUGAAGGCUGCAGAACAAAUUACGCGGAUCGUCAAAGCCGAGGUAGAGACGGGCGAAGUGGCGUUGGAGCACAUCGUGUUAGGGGGUUUCUCACAAGGAGGUAGUGUGGCUCUCUACACCGCUCUCACCGACGCCAGUCUGCGCGGUCUGGCUGGGGUGGUGGUGUUCAGCUCCUGGCUACCUCUGGCCCAACAGCUGGUCUCCGACUCUUCUCAAAUCCAUGCGGAGAGCAGUCUCCCCAUCCUCCAAUUUCAUGGAGCAGCCGAUUCUCUUGUGCCCUACGCCAUCGGUAGUAAGACUAACGCAUUUCUGCGAAAUUUACACUUCACCUCUGCCGAAUUGCACAAAAUUUCCGAUUUGGGGCACACAUGCAAUGAGGAGGAGCUGAAGCUAGCCCAAAAGUUCAUUCAGAAACCAGGCACUGGUGUCGCCUACUGGAUGGCAUGGAUAGCUCAACAGGAUAUAUGA